UUGAAUGUCUUUACUAGCCUUGGCUGCAAAUCUGAGAUGAAAUCACCGCCACUGAUAUUAUCGCUUCUCCAAUUCAUCGGCGACGAGAUCCGCCAUUGAUGACUGAUUCCCGACGCUCUCAAUCGAGCAACCGUCUCUACUAAAUCUCAACCUUUUCUGCAUUCUGGAAGCUAAUCGGUUUAGGCUUUCCGCAUUGCGUUGCAGUUAUCCGUGAUAUUGAAAAUCUUAAAAUCCAGCUAAGGUUCCGGUCAGAAGCAUAAGGGUCUGGGAAAUCCCAGAUUCACUGAUUGCCGGAUGGCACUGCUUCCGUCAAAGGGAGUGGUGAUUUCCAUUCCCAGCUUAGUUCUAUCAGCUGCAGCUUUUGCAAUCCUCUUAUUCUUCUUGCUAUCAACCGGCUCACCCCCCUCUGCUCCUUGCUCUUGCUCCGCCCCAACUGUGGACUACAGCAGCAAGAUAGGUGGAGAGCGUGUUUCAACUUCAGCUGAGGACAUAGAUUGGUUGAAGAGUCGGGUUGAAGCCAAUGGAUUACAUAUGCAGCAGAACAUUCUACGCAAGGGCAUAAACCCCCGUACCCGCCAACAGCAGCUCCAGGAUCUUCUAAACUUCAAAGGCAUAUCUCACUAUGAAGGAGAAGAUGCUAACAACCAUACUGCCCUUCCUUGUCCCGGUGAGCUACUUGUAGAAGAACACCACAGCAACUACGGGGAGCCUUGGGCAGGUGGAAGGGAUGUAUUUGAAUUUCUUGCAGAUUCGACCCGUCUAACACCUAAUUCAAGAGUUCUUGAGAUCGGGUGUGGCACACUUCGUGUUGGCCUGCAUUUUAUACGGUACUUAGUUCCAGAGCAUUUCCACUGCCUAGAAAGGGACGAGCUCUCUCUAAUGGCUGCACUACGCUACGAGCUUCCAUCACAAGGCUUGUUGUACAAGCGCCCUCUGAUUGUAAGAGGCGAAGACAUGGAUUUCAGUAAGUUUGGGUCUGAUACUGUGUAUGAUUUGAUAUAUGCCAGUGCUGUUUUCCUCCAUAUUCCCGACAAGCUCGUGUGGACUGGUCUGGAGAGGUUGGUUGGUCGGCUGAAGCCUCUAGAAGGCCGAAUCUUUGUCUCACAUAACGUCAAGUUCUGCUCCCGUCUGGGAGGUGAAGAAUGCACGAAAAGGCUGACUGAUCUGGGCCUCGAAUAUAAAGGCAAGCAUACACAUGAUAGUUUGCUCUUCAACCACUACGAGGUAUGGUUCGAGUUCAGGCGAUUUAAGGCUUAAAACAGCACAAGAUAGCAAUCCUCGAUCGUUCUUCUGACCAUGGUGGGAAGGGAGCAGGAAAUGUUGAUGAUGAACAUUAUUGCAGAGGAAGUUAGAACACUAUGCAGAGGUUCUGUUGAUCUUUUGUUACCCUUUGCAGGUUUUAUGUAUUAAUAGCUAUAUUCAAUUGUACCUCUGUUAAUGAAAUUGAUUUUGAAUGGUA